UAAAUCGGCUUCCCUGUGUAGCGAUCUCCGUUCGCCUCUGCACCGAAUUCAUUUACUGCGUUAGCUUUUUCGUCUCCUUCAAUCGAAGCGAUCUGGUCGGAGAUUCUGGAUUGGAAGCAGGAGCAGCCUUCUGUGUUCUUCCCGGCGUGGUUUUUGGUGGGGGCUCGGCAGCUUUGGAUUUGCGGCGAAACAACGCUAUAAUUUGUAGAUUCUGCGGAUUGAGCCAGCUGUUUUGCCUAUGAGAAGUGAGAACAGUUCCGAACUUGAGAAAAUAUGCCUUCAUGGUGGGGUAGGUCAUCAUCAAAGGAAUCAAAAAAGAAACCAAUUGGAGAGAGUUUUAUUGACACAUUGCAUAAGAAGUUUAAAAGUCCUGAGAGUAAAUCCUCCAGUAGAUCAGGAGGAUCUAGAAGGCGUGCAAGUGAAACAGUUUCUGAGAGAGUAUCUCAGUCGCGAGCCGAGUCAAGGUCUGCUUCUCCUCUGAAACAUGUAGCACGAUGCCAAAGUUUUUCUGACAGGCCCCAAUCCCAACCGCUUCCACUUCCUGGCAUGAGCAGUGGAAAUGUUAGCCGUACAGAUUCUGGAAUCGGUGAAUCAGCAAAACCAAAAAGGGAAAGGACCUCUAAAACAUCGUUGUUUCGGCCGUGUGCAGGACCUGCAUGCAUCCGACACAGGCUGGACCAUUCUGAAUUGGAUGCUGAAUUCGGUGUAACCUCAUUCUCUAGUGAAUGUUCGGUUGAGAGUGAUGAUCUUGGUGAUUCACAUCAGCGCACCCCUCCAGCAACCGACUAUGAUAUUGGAAUUAGAACUGCUUCAGGUAGCCCCUCAAGCAAUUUUAUUGAGGAUCAUUCUCCCCUUGCACCUGUGAUCUCAAAGGAGUCACCAGUUCUGGUGAAUCUAUACACCACCAAUAAAAAUGUCACCACUUCCCCUUCUAGAAGACGACCAUUGAAUGCUAAGGUGGCAAAGUUACAGGUCCCUCGCCAUGGUGCCUUCUGCAGUGCUCCAGAUAGCUCAAUGUCCAGUCCCUCUAGAAGUCCGAUGAGACCAUCUGGUUAUGAACAGGUUAUGCGUUCUGCAUUUGCAGCAGGAAAGGUUUAUGCUGAUCUUCCCGUUGUUGGAUCUGCUCAAUGCUCUAGUCCAGGCUCUGCUCAAACUUCAGGCCAUAAUUCAAUGGUAGGUGAUAUAUCAGGGCAAACAUUUCGGCAGCCCAGUAGAGGGAGCCCCGAAUAUUCACCAAAUCCUAGUCCUAGGUUGACAAGCCCUGCCCCUGGUUCCAGAACUCAGAGUGGUGCUGUAACCCCUGUUCAUCCUAGAGUUGGAGGGAGCCAUUCUGAAUCUCCGAGUAACUGGCAUGACGAUGCUAAACAAAGUCACCCACUGCCUCUUCCGCCUCUACCUGCUUCCAAUUCAUUUUUCUCGCAUCCUAGUUCUGCUGGGGCAUCACCCUCUGUACCUCGUAGUCCUGGGAGAGCGGAUAAUAUGGCAGGCCCUGUUUCUCGGUGGAAGAAAGGGAAGUUGAUCGGUCGUGGCACAUUUGGACAUGUUUAUGUUGGCUUUAAUAGUGAAACAGGUGAAAUGUGCGCCAUGAAGGAGGUUACAUUGUUUGCUGAUGAUGCAAAGUCAAGGGAAAGUGCAAAACAGUUGGGACAAGAAAUUGCAGUGUUGAGUCGCUUAAAGCAUCCAAAUAUUGUGCAAUACUAUGGAUCUGAAACGGUGAGUGACAAGCUGUAUAUAUACUUGGAGUACGUUUCCGGUGGUUCCAUCCAUAAGAUUCUACAGGAGUACGGAAAGCUAGGAGAGUCAGCCAUUAGGAGCUACACUAAGCAAAUUUUGUCUGGGCUUGUGUAUUUACAUGCGAAAAAUACCGUUCACAGGGAUAUCAAAGGGGCCAAUAUUCUUGUAGACCCAAAUGGCCGUGUGAAGUUGGCUGACUUUGGCAUGGCGAAGCAUAUUGCAGGGCAAUCGUGUCCAUUAUCAUUUAAGGGUAGCCCUUAUUGGAUGGCACCUGAGGUCAUAAAGAAUUCGAAUGGGUGUAGCUUAGCUGUUGAUAUAUGGAGUCUUGGCUGCACUGUCUUGGAAAUGGCUACUUCGAAACCUCCUUGGAGCCAGUAUGAGGGGGUUGCUGCUAUGUUCAAAAUUGGAAAUAGUAAAGAACUCCCGACCAUACCUGAUCAUCUCUCGGAUGAAGGGAAAGAAUUCGUCAGGCUUUGCCUGCAACGCAAUUCUGUACAUCGUCCUACAGCUGCUCAAUUAUUGGAGCACCCAUUUGUGAAAAAUGCCCUUCCUCCUGAAAAGCAAAUACUGAGCCCGUCAUCUUCAGAUCAUCCUAAGGGUCCUGGUCAUUUAAGAAGUCUUCAGCCCUUGGACACCGAGAAACUCGCCAUCCACUCGUCCAGAGUAUCGAAUACAAAUUUUAAUCCUAGUGAGAUUUACAUGCCGAGGAAUAUAUCAUGCCCGGUGUCUCCAAUCGGGAGCCCUCUUCUACAACCACGGUCGCCACAAAACCCGAGCGGGAGGAUGUCCCCGUCGCCCAUUUCCAGCCCCCACGCCACAUCCGGCGCAUCCACACCGCUGACCGGGUGUAUUGGCGCCAUCCCGUUGCACAAUCAAUACAUUUUAUUAUCGCAGGAGCACUACGGUGGCCCUCAGCCGAAGCGCCCACCCCCCUGCCCUCAAGCCAACAGCAGCACGAAUUAUUGGGACCCCGACAUUCUCGGAAAGCACUUGGGGAGGACUUUUAAUGGAGACCUGUACGAGCCAACGCAGUCGUUCUUGGCUGACCGUGUGUCCCUCCGGGUGGCUGGAAAAUUCGAGCCGAGCCCUGUGCCUCCUCCGCUGGCCUGCCACCGCAUGACUUGAGUAAGUGUAAGAAAGAUUGAUUGAUUUUAAUGUUGUUUUGCAGUGGUGGCUAGCUUGGGGUCGAAUUACCCGACCCGACCCGACCGGAAUGUUAGAAUGAUGGAUUUACUGUGGUAAUUAUACAUCGAUGAUUCGAUGGUCAUUCUCAUUGGGAAGUUGAGAUUUUAGGAGCUGAUCCUUUGGCUGUCUUUUUGUGGUUUUGAAACAUCUAUACUUGUAAGAAAAAACAAGAACAUAGACAGGAAUCUGGAUGGAGAUAUAUAUAUAUAUAUAUAUAUAUAUAGGGAAGCAGUGUAGAACUAUUUAUUUCAUUGACAGAUAAAUUUGCAAUUGCUGCUGUA